CUGAGUAUCCUCGGUGGGAUGGACCAGAGCGUCAGCUACAUGACUGUGAAUAUGGGAAGAAAGGACUCACGGAAGGAAGCUGAACCUGAUGUAUCGUACGCGGAAGUUAAUUUCAAGACCCCCUCGGCGCCCCGGGUCCGUGCAGAUCGAGACGGUCUGAACUCCACCUACUCAGAUCUGAACUUUCGGAAAGAGGAACCACGCAUCGAUGGAAGCGAAGAUCCUUCCAUUGCCUCGGGACCCGGCGGGUUGUCAACCACUGCACAAACAGCUGCGCAAGAACGGGACUCGACAGUGAAGAUCAGAAAAAGACCGUACCGUCUGAUCUGCCUACUCUGCCUAGUUACGUCCGCCGUCAUCCUGAUCGUGGCCGGUGUCUUGAUCCAUGAUCAAGCGUUUUCCCAGGACUGGAUCAGAAAUGAAGACGGAUGCUAUGUUAUAUCCACGUGUAACCUUUCCUACGAUGAGGCGAAACAGAUUUGUUCGAACUCUGAUUCAAAGCUUCUUGAAAUAAAUUCAGCAGAAGAAGAGAAUUUUUUUAACAAAACUCUCCACGAAGAAGGCAUUUCAUACUGGAUUGGAAAAUGCAAAGGCGGGGAAGUGGCUACAAAUGCCUUGGGCCGGAUUAACGGUGGAGACUUUGAAUGCGGUAAAUGUACUUGGCAGAGUGAGAGUAAACAUUGCGACCAGAAUUUCCCGCUGGAACAUGAGUUCCAGUCAAGUCCAGGUGUAAACAGUGAGAUUUGCUCGCUGGCGGAGAAAAUGAACGGGUUGCGCCACGUGGGAGCGCUGUGGCGCAGCCUACAGGCAGGUGUGUAUACUGAGAAGUUACUCGCUGGGAGAGAAAAUGAGGUGGCUGUGCAAGGUGGAGCGGUGUGGCGCCCCAUAGUUUUCGCCGACAGCGAGAAACUCCAACUGGAUGCAAUUCUCACAG